UAAUGUUCACUUGCUAGCAGAUGAUAUAACACAGAGUCUGUCACAGUUACAACUGAAGCUUAAGUUAUUAAAGGGAGCCAUCGAUCGCAGAAAUUCAAGGUUGGAGGAGUGGUGCGGAUUAAAGUAUUUUUACCACAAAGCCACGUAUCCGCGGCGCUCAUUUGAAACGGAGAGGUGAGAGACAGAAGCGAGGGAGGGAGGGAGGACAGUAGGGAGACAGAUUGAAGAGGAUAGGGUGGGAGAAAGCCCUGCUGUCACCAGCUAGUGUUUCUCAGUCAGUCGCAGCCGUCGAUACUACCCUUCCCUUCCUCCUCCGAGGCCUGCGAAGUGCUUGUUCUCCGAGGCCUCAGGGCCGCCAAGCAUGAAGCAGGCACCAUGGGCUUUCUGGAAAACUACCAGGAGAUCGACCCCGUCACCUUGAACCUUUGCAUCCUCAUCGCCAGCUACGUUAUCUUGCUCCUCGUCUUCCUGAUAUCGUGUAUCAUGUACGACUGCCGGGGCAAAGAUCCCAGCAAGGAGUACGCCCCGGACCCGCAGCCGACCCAGUCUCCCAUCAGGCUGGUGGUGAUGCAGAGCUCUCCGGCUCCGAAGGGACGGUGGGACGCGGCCAACAUGAUCACGACCUACCACGAGCCAACGCACGCGGACUUCAGGGAGAAGAAGAGCACGAUGGUCUGAGAGAGACACGGAG